CCUCGUUUUCAUCUGACCUCAUUCAGCAGCCAUUUUAAGCGACCGAAAUGGCGCUGUUGAAGUGGUCGGGCACCUCUUGUUUUAUAGUUGUCCUAAUUGGUUUGUUCUGCAUACAAUCAGCGUCAACACAAUGUGUCAUUCCAUCCAUAUUCAAGGGGGACUGGUACUCCAUGGAAGCCGGACGUGAUAUCACGACGGUGGUCAACGAACAGAAGUGGGGAGAGAUGACCUGCUCGGACCUCUACAUCCAUAACAACACCUUCAAGCUAGAGGGCACCAACGCCACCAUGCUCCUGAGGAGACCCAACACUAAUCAGAACAGCUUGUGCCUCGUGUGUGUGGAUAUAUUGUACAGAACAAAGAACAUUCUUCAGUACCGACAGAGUGACUGUUUCACAAGUGACAAUGGUUUUGAAAACAUGUGCACAGGCAUCAGACAGCUCCCUGCCGUGGACCAAGUCAUCACUAUGUUCAGAAUGACUAUCCAAACCGUCAACUGUAUCGACACAUGGGAGGGUGUCUUCCAGUUCACAUACGAAGUCAACUGGGGCGGUGGCGGUAUCUGUGACACACCCGGCAGCACCAUCCAGGCCUGUCAGGACCCUGGUUCCGCCUACGUGGACAACGAGGUGUUCCUAAUGUACUACGACAAGUGUAGAGCGGUGUCCACAUCCUUCUCACAGACUGUCCGGUACCAAUGUAUGGGGAGCUGGUUCGCUAUGAUUGGGAACACCGGUUACACCUUCGCCGCCAUCGCUGACACAGUUGAGAAGGACCGAAGAGAGAGAUUUAAGUGCUUGAUGACCUUGAAGAACCAGAAGUCAGCCGACAAUACAAUCAGAUGGGUGAUGUCCCGUUUUGCCGACUGCAGCAAGCUCAACAGCAUCUACGACGGCCCCGUCAGGCUGGUGCUAAGAAGAAUCCCGCCUCAGACACAGUACAUGACAUCACAGUGCAACCUCCCCAGAAACAUCUCAGGACUGUGGUUCACACAGGGACUUCAGUUCCGUUCUGAUGUCACCGUCAACGACACACACGUCUACUACAUGACCCGCAAGAAUGAGUUUGAGUUUGAGGAGACGUAUCUGUCAUGCCAACAGACGCUUGGAACCCGGUUCCUCAUGACCAAGGUCAUCGUCGGGAAAUGUGAGGUGGACUUUGUCUGUUACGACAUUCUCCCUCGUCACCACGGCAUCGUGCGCUACCGUGUGGGAAAACCGUCCCGGUUAACAAAAGAUGAGAUGGCAAAUCCCAACUACCUGGAACAGAAGUUCCGAGAGGCGUGCAGUUGGAUGUCCUUCACCUUCAACCGAGAUGACACAGACUGGAAGUAUGAGGUUCUCAUCUUGAAUCCACCCUCCCCUGUGGCCUGUCCAAUUGCUGGCCGCUACAGGUUCGUCCAAAACGCCAUGCACUGGAUGGAGAAGUACGCCACCAGGAUCCGCGGCGUGACUGACCGACCACGUGUCCAGGUCGACUGCCGGAUCACGGUGUCCGAGUUCAAAUCCUGCAGCCAGGACAAGUCUAAGAUCGAGGUGGAUGCGGAGUAUUGCGAGUCUGUUGACUACCGAGGACGACCAAUUGGAGAAUACGAUGAGGCCGACCACAUCCUGACCUGUGUGGGCUUCUGGAUGGAAGACAUGAAGUCCUACCUCAUCACCUACGACGAGGAGGAUGCCAUUUCAGAGUUCCGUUGCUGGGUGUAUGAGAGACUGAGCUGGACAGAUAUUGUGAUGUCCCGAGCCCAGACUGCCCGCUGUCCGAGAGACCAGAAAGCCAGCAGUUACCAGCUGGAGGGGACUGGCCUCAGCAUGGAGCUCUAUGAGAACGAGAGACUCUAUGACGACUGCCCACAGAGGUUUGACCCCGGCAUUGACCCCUACAGGAAGCCGACGGUCAUCUACGUGUUGAGCAGCGCCACCUAUCCAUCACUUAAAUUCUCUCUCUUCAUCUCUGUCCUGACUCUCACCUUGCUACAGAGGACAUAACAAUAAGAUGGCAACAGUUCCUUCAUUUGACAAUUACUAUGCAAUUACUUUUUGUCCAGGAAUUGUCAUUAACCUUCAUAUGUAACUGAUGACCUUGUUUACAACAGUUGCUUGCUUCGUGUACCCAAUUGAUCUAAUUUGGGUGUUCUGAAAGGUUUUCUUGAUGUUGGCAGAAAUCUUUCACAGAAUACCACUUGGGUAUUCUUAAAACCAUUCUCAAGGAUAUUGAAUACUUGUUAUCCGCAUGGUAUCAGAGUCAAGAUGUCUCAGACUCAAAUUCUUGAUUAUGGCAGAUUUAAAAUUUUGAUACAGAGCAAUAGUGUCAUUUAGGAAAACUAGAAAAGUUUCCUGAAUGAAAGCAGGUAUUUUCACAAUUUUGUCCUGUUGAAAGAAAUCAAAGUGUCUUACAAUGGUACAUGAGGCUGGAGGGAAAUACACUGUUAGAUAUUGAUGUAAUAUAGUUUGAAUAAUGUGCUGACAAAUAUAAGAUCCAGAUGGGAUGCAGUUACCUUGGUUACAAGAUGCCUUACAGGAUGAAUUCAAUGUUUAAAAAUGUGUUUGACAAUUAAAAUUCAACCCACGUCAAAUGAAAUCAUCUCAAACCUUGAAAAUGUAUGAUUUCCUUUAUCUUUGACAAGUGCUAAUACUCUAAAUCUUAGUCUGAAUUAAUAAAGAAAUACAUUUUAAUACUGGUGUAUACUUUUUGGAAUGUAAGUUCAUUUUGGGCUCUAGUAAGUUACAAGGCUCAGGUCUUGCUGACAAAAGUAUUUUCAAGAAUUAGUUCACUUUGGGAAAAGAUAUGGAUGUUCUUAUGAGUAGCUCAAUCAUUAAAGUUUUCAUUAUGUUGGUGUUAUGCCAGUUGAUGUAGGUUGUUCAUUUGUACAUAUAUCAUAUGGCAACAGUCGGCUCCGGCUAACUCUGCCACUUCCUGAUUAAAACUGUAAAUAUAUGUAAAUACUGUAAAUAUGGUAUUGUUUUAUAGAUCAAAUACAAAAAACAUUGAUUUUAUAUCGAUUUAUUACAUAUCUCAAAAACGUUUUUAUACAAUGAUUAUGAUACUACAAUAAUGAUGGUUUUAAUACUGCUUUACAUUGAUUGCAAUAGUGUGCAGUGAUGUAAUACUGCUUUACAUUGAUUGUAAUACUAGUUUACAAUGAUUCUGUGAAGCAAUGAAAAUUCAGCAAGAGUGAGGAUUCAUUCAUUGAACGGUAAAGUCAUAGAUAAUUGUUUUGCUUGUACUAUCCAACAUUAUCCACUUGUUAUUGAUACAGCUACGAUUUCGCAGUGAAAUUCUCAUGUGUUUUUCACUCUUUAGUCAGUUCUUUUGUGUUUUUCCAUAUUUUGUACCUACUUAAAAUUAUAUCACAAACAAAUCAUUGAACAUUGGCAUUUAUAGACAAGUUUUCUCAUUUAAACUUUAAAUAAUUCAUCACAUUUAAACAAAAAAAAUUCAAAUUAAGUAAAAAGGAAAGUAACUGACUCAGUCAUUUAUACCACAUCUAUUUCUUUUGUGUAUAUUCUUAAGUCAUAUGGUGUCCCUGCCGUGAUGUUGCUGGAAUAUUGCUAAAAGCGGCGUAAAACUAAACUCAGUCAGUCAGUCUUAGACUCCGUAAUGGACAAAUAGUAUGUUAUUUACUCCUUUCAAUGAUUGAUGGUGGCAUGGAUGUUCUGGCAUAAGAAUGUGUAAUAUAUCUUGUGAUUGCUUGUGUGAAUGUGUUGAAAUGUUAAUGAAACACCCCUCUACAUGGUGGUACUGCCACUGUACCACCUCUAGGGUGUUGUAUCUUUGGUUUGUUGAAUAUCAGUCACUUCACAAUGAAGCAAAAAAAUAUACCCAGUAGAUGUGUUUCUUGAAAAGGAAAACAAAACUCACUACAUUUUUUGGAUGUUGGAAAUAGAAAUAUAUUAUUUUUUGCAGCUAAUCAGUUCGAUCUGAGUCCUUGGAUUUAAACAUGUUUUCUUUGUUCUACCAGGAUAUCUCUGUGCAUGAAAAGGGGAAUGAUAUACCUCUGCUCUUUUUAAUGUUAGUGUUUUUUUAAAUCAUUCUUUCUCUGCAUAAGAACUGUAUCAAGGAACAUCUGUGGCCGUGAUGGUAAUGUUGAUCUGUUUUAGAAGUAUUUUUCUAUGAAUAACAUUUUAUAUGCCAGUUAAUCAGUUAUUUGUAAUAAAAUGUAAAUCAAAGAA